AAUUUUACAAAUGACCUAGUUCAAAGUUCGCGUCAGUUUUGUUUAUUUUUUCACAUCUAAAGCACCAUUUUGGUUUGGACUACUACAUGUCGAGCAAUUUGAUAAGUAUUUGAAGGCUAAUAUCGACAGACACAAAGAUUUCAGUCAAGUUACAUACAUCAUGCCGUUGAAGACCUAUAAAGAUGCAGGAGGGAAUCCGAUUCAGUUUAUGGAAAUUGACGGCAUCAGGUACCCGUAUGUAGAGGGCGUGGACCAGGACCACGUGGUGCGUGUGGCACGAGCUGCUAAAGCACGAGAUGAUGACGUUGUGUUGAUAACAUAUGCGAAGUCGGGUACCCACUGGACCUGGGAGAUUAUUUCCAUGCUGUGUAACGGUAAAGCUGAAACUAUCCCUACAAUCAAACAAAUGCAUAUGAUUGAAGCCAUUUCAUCGGACGAACUGACGUCACUACCGUCUCCCAGAGUUCUCAACACUCACUUCCGGUUUAAUGACUUACCAGAGGACAUGAGAAAGAAGAAAACAAAACUGGUUCUUGUCCACCGGAAUCCGAAAGAUGUCGCGGUCUCUCAUUAUCAUCAUCACUGUAAACUAGAAGCUUUAUAUAAAUACAACGGAACUUGGAGUGAAUGGCUGCCUCUAUUUUUAGAAGGAAUUGUGGACGUAAAUUCUUGGUUUGACUAUGUAAAAGACUGGGAGAAAGCAAUAGAAGAACACCCUGAUCACCCAAUACACCUUAUGUUUUAUGAGGAUAUGAAAGAGGACUUGUACCGAGAGGUGAAAAAACUUGCAACUUUCUUGGACGUGUCAGUAUCUGAUGAAUUUUGCCAAAAUGUGGCCAAACUGUGUCAAUUUGAAAACAUGAAAAAUAAUAAGAAGGGACUAGAAAACGAAUUCUGGACAAACGUUUGGGCCGACAGGAAGCCUAGUUUUUACAGAAAAGGCGAGGUAGGAGACUGGAAGAACUAUUUUACAGUGGCCCAGAAUGAGCAGUUUGAUGAACUGUACAAACAAAAAAUGGCGGGAAGCAAACUGAAAUUCAGAUUCGAAUUAUAAUUUUACUCGCUAGUAGGUUUGAAACGGCGCAGUCUGGAAACAAAGAUUACAAAAUAUAAUUUUGUAACAGCACAUACACAAAACUUAUAUACGAGCAAUUCACUAAUAUUUUCAUGUUGGAAUUAUAAGGUGCAAUAACUUUUCACUUUUAAUGAUAUCUUGAGUGUAUCGUUAUCAUCAUGUAGACUGCCUCUGCACCGUAAAAUCAAUAUCUAAAGUAUAAAGAUUUUGAUUGGAUGGUUGGUCAUUUUUGUUUAUAACCGUUCUCGUUUAAGUAUAUCCGACAGAAGUCGAACAAUAUUGUCACUGCAAUGUUGUUUGAAGUUUUGCUAUCUUUAUCUUUUUUAACAAAUCCUAUCGGGACAACAGACUUCUUCACUGAGUAACACUCACAGCGACGUGAACACCUUUUAGCCCACCAUCAUAAGAUGGUGGGCUGUUCAAAUCACUCUGCGUCCGUGGUCCGUCCGUCAUUCCGUCCGUCCAUCAACAAUUUCUCGUUAUCGCAUCUCCUCAGAAACUACUAGGGGAUUUUGACCAAACUUGUCAGAAUGAUGUAUUGGUACCCUAGUUGUGUCCCCCUGAAAAUCAGACUGGUUCAACAAUUUUUGAGUGAGUUAUUGCCCUUUGUUUAUUUCUAUUAUUUACAUAGAUUUAUAUACGGAAAAACUUUGAAAAUCUUCUUGUCCAAAACCACAGAGCCUAGGGCUUUGAUAUUUGGUAUGAAGCAUCAUCUAGUGGUUCUCUGCCAAGAUGAUUCAAAUUAUUUCCCUGGGGUCAAAUAUGGCCCUGCCCCGGGGGUCACAUGGUUUAUAUAGACUUGUAUAGGGAAAAACUUUGAAAAACUUCUUGUCCAAAACCACAGGGCUUAGGGCUUUGAUGUUUUGUAUGUGACAUCAUCUAGUGGUCUUCUACUAAGAUUGUUCAAAUUACCCCCCUAGGGUCAAAUAUAGCCCCGCCCUGGGGGUCAUAUGGUUUACAUAGACUUAUAUAGGGAAAAACUUUGAAAAUCUUCUUGUCCAAACCACAAAGCCUAGGGCUUUGAUAUUUGUAAUGUAGCAUCAUCUAGUGGUUCUCUACCAAGUUCGUUCAAAUUAUCCCCCUAGGGUCAAAUAUGGUCCCGCCCCGGGGGUCACAUGGUUCAUAUAGACUUAUAUAGGGAAAAGCUUUUAAAAUCGUCAGUAACCUACAAUAUUCAAAUUUGGACCACAUGUAUAGUUUUGAGUGGCAAGAUGAACCUUGACUUGAGUUGACCUUGAUUUUGACCUAGUGACCUACUUUCACAUUUCUGUAGCUACAGCCUUAAAAUUUGGACCACUUGCAUAGUUUUGUGCACUAGAAAAAACUUUGACACUGACAUUGACCUAGUGACCUACUUUCACAUUUUUGAAGGUACAGGCUUCAAAUUUGGACCACAUGCAUAGUUUCGUAUUCCGAAAUGAAAUUUGACAUUGAUUUUGACCUAGUGACCUACUUUCACAUUUCUCAAGCUACAGCCUUCAAAUUCGGACCACGUGCAUAGUUUUGUGUACCGAAACAAACUUUGACCUUUACAUUGACCUAGUGACAUACUUUCACAUUUUUGAAGGUACAGGCUUCAAAUUUGGACCACAUGCAAAGUUUUGUGUUUCGAAAUGAAAUUUGACCUUGAUUUCGACCUAGUGACCUACUUUCACAUUUCUCAAGCUACAGCCUUCAAAUUUGGACCACAUGCAUAGUUUUGUGCACUGGAGAAACUUUGACCUUGACAUUGACCUAGUGACCUAUUUUCACAUUUUUGAAGGUACAGGCUUCAAAUUUGGACCACUUGCAUAGUUUCAUGUUCAGAAAUGAAAUUUGAUCUUUAUUUUGACCUAAUGACCUACUUUCACAUUUCUCAAGCUACAGGCUUCAAAUUUGGAUCACAUGCAUAUUUUUGUGUUCUGAAUUGAAAUUUGACAUUGACAUUUACCUAGUACCUACUUUCACAUUUCUCAAGCUGCAGUCUCCAGAUUUGAAGCACAUGCAUAGUUUUGUAUACUGAAAUGAACUUUGACCUUGAAAUUGAUCUUGUGACCUACUUUACGUUUCUCAAGCUACAGCUUUCAAAUUUGACCACAUGCACAGUGUUGUGUACCGAAAUGAAAUUUGACCUUGAUUUUGACAUUCAGCUAGUCUUGAAAUUGGAACACUCAAAAAUGGCUCAGUGGUGGGCGCCAAGAUCACUCUGUGAUCUCUUGUCAAUGAGUUAAACUCAAGGCGACGUGAACACUUUUCAGUGAGUUAUACUCAAGGCGACGUGAACACUUUCCAGUGAGUUAUACUUAAGGCGAUGUGAACACUUUCCAGUGAGUUACACUCAGGGCGACGGGAACAUUUUUCAGUGAGUUAUAUUCAAGGCGACGUGAACACUUUUCAGUGAGUUAUACUCAAGGCGACGUGAACAUUUUUCAGUGAGUUACACUCAAGGCGACGUGAACACUUUUCAGUGAGUUACACUCAAGGCGACGUGAACACUUUUCAGUGAGUUACACUCAAGGCGACGUGAACACUUUUCAGUGAGUUACACUCAAGGCGACGUGAACAUUUUUCAGUGAGUUACACUCAGGGCGACGUGAACACUUUUCAGUGAGUUAUACUCAAGGCGACGUGAACACUUUUCAGUGAGUUACACUCAAGGCGACGUGACACUCAGGGCGACGUGAACAAUUUUCAGUGAGUUAUACUCAAGGCGACGUGAACACUUUUAAGUGAGUUAUACUCAAGGCGACACUCACGGCGACGUGAACACCUUUCAGUGAGUUACACUCACGGCGACGUGAACACUUUUCAGUGAGUUACACUCAGGGCGACGUGAACACUUUUCAGUGAGUUACACUCACUCAGGGCGACGUGAACACUUUUCAGUGAGUUACACUCACGGCGACGUGAACACUUUUCAGUAAGUUACACUCAAGGCGACGUGAACACUUUUCAUGAAUAACACUCAUGGCGACUUGAACAUUUCAGUGAGUAACACUCACAGCGCCAUGAGCACUUUUCAGAGAAGUGUAAAGUAUUUGUUUGAAGGCACAUGAUGACUUGUUACUUCAAGGUGGCAUCUACUUAAUGUAAAUGUCCGUUACAUUAUAAAUGAAAAUAAUCGCUUUUGUAGCUUAUCAUACAAUAAAAAAUGCAUUACAGA